UUGUGGGUUAGCCGCCACGCAUAAUAAACUGGCACCGGGAAGAAAAGGGAAAAAAAAAAUCCUCCAAAUUCGUUUGUGUGCGUUCCCCUCUCUCCUCGUCUCUCGUUAUCUCGCCGCCGUUCGUCCCCGCCGCCGCGUAGCGCCGGCGAGACUAGGAGAGGCAGGCGCCAUGGCCACCGCUUCAGUAUCGUUCAAGUCUCGUGAGGACCACCGGAAGCAGCUCGAGCUUGAGGAGGCGCGUAAGGCGGGGCUCGCCCCUGCCGAAGUCGACGAGGAUGGAAAUGAGAUUAACCCUCACAUCCCGCAGUAUAUGUCCUCGGCCCCAUGGUAUCUCAACGCCGAGAAGCCGAGUUUGAAGCAUCAGCGGAAAUGGAAAUCGGAUCCGAAUUACACAAAAGCGUGGUACGAUAGGGGUGCCAGGCUUUUCCAGGCCAACAAAUACAGAAAAGGCGCUUGCGAAAACUGUGGAGCCAUGACUCACACUAAGAAGGCAUGCAUGGAUCGACCUCGGAAUGUUGGAGCUAAAUAUACUAAUAUGAAUAUAGCACCGGAUGAGAAAGUUGAGUCGUUUGAGCUUGACUAUGAUGGAAAGCGUGACCGUUGGAAUGGUUAUGACACAUCGACCUACACUCGUGUUAUCCAAGAUUAUGAAGCUAGAGAAGAGGCCAGGAAAAAGUUCCUCAAAGAACAACAGCUCAAGAAGCUCGAGGAGAAGGAUGGUGAGCAGGAUGGUGAGAAUGUGGCCAGUGAAGAGGAUGAAGAAGAUGGCCUGAAGAUAGAUGAGGCUAAAGUUGAUGAGAGCGCUCAAAUGGAUUUCGCUAAGGUAGAGAAACGUGUGCGCACGACAGGUGGUGGAAGCACUGGAACUGUGAGGAAUUUGCGUAUAAGAGAAGACACUGCAAAGUAUCUUCUGAAUCUUGAUGUGAACUCUGCGUAUUAUGAUCCGAAAACCCGCUCCAUGCGUGAGGAUCCUUUGCCAGAUGCAGACCCCAAUGAUAAAUUCUAUGUGGGUGAUAACCAAAAUAGACUUAGUGGACAAGCUCUGGAGUUCAAGCAACUCAAUGUCCAUGCAUGGGAGGCUUUUGACAAGGGGCAGGAUUUCCAUAUGCAAGCAGCCCCAUCUCAAGCUGAACUACUGUACAAGAGUUUCAAGAUCAAGAAGGAGAAGUUGAAAUCUGAAAGCAAGGACAAAAUUAUGGAGAAGUAUGGGAAUGCUGCAUCUGACGAACCAAUCCCUCGUGAGCUUCUUCUUGGGCAAAGUGAGAAAGAGAUUGAGUAUGACCGGACUGGUCGCAUAAUCAAAGGACAGGAUGUAGCUCUUCCUAAGAGCAAAUAUGAAGAGGAUGUCCUAAUUAAUAACCACACAACAGUGUGGGGUUCUUGGUGGAAAGAUCAUCAAUGGGGCUAUAAGUGCUGCAAGCAGACUAUUAAAAAUAGUUACUGCACGGGCCUUGCUGGAAUCGAGGCUGCUGAAGCAUCAGCUGAUUUGAUGAGGGAAAAUAUGGCCCGCAAGGAGGCUGCUGAAGAGGAACCUGUACGACAAGAAGAGAAGAAACUAGCCACUUGGGGAACAGAUAUUCCUCAGGAUCUUGUUCUGGACCAGAAGUUGCUUGAGGAAUCCUUAAAGAAGGAGGCAAAGAGGAAGAAGGAAGAGAUGGAUGAAAGAAAGAGGAAGUACAAUGUGAAGUGGAACGACGAGGUCACUGCGGAAGACAUGGAGGCCUACCGUAUGACGAGAGUCCGUCAUGACGAUCCUAUGAAAGAUUUUCUCAAUUAGGCGUUCAUGUCCCUGGUUGCGUGGCAGCUGUUGUGUGAUGCAAGUGUAAGCUGGCUACACCUGAACCCCUGUCUGUCCAUCCUUUGGCGGAUUGUCAGUGUUUGUAUUCUCGGCCAUCUCUAGGAAGACAGGAUGGGAUGGCAUGCUAGUUUGUGAGUUACUGAUGUUGUGAAGUACAGAUAUGAUCGCGUGAUGUCCAAAAGCAGAACGAAGUUUGUUCUCAUAUAUGUUCUUUGUAACCUCCUGGUAACCAUGGCAUACGCCCACUUAUAUGGAUAUUUGUACUGGUCAUGAGUAAUAAGUUUUUGUUUA